AUGUGCACGGAUUAUACGGACCUUAAUAAGGCUUGCCCUAAAGACACUUAUCCUUUGCCCAGCAUCGACCGGCUUGUCGAUGGAGCAGCUGGCCAUAGGAAGUGCGUGUUCGGGGUCACAGGAGGAAAAUUCCUAGGUUUCAUGUUAACGCACCGAGGUAUUGAGGCCAACCCGGAUAAGUGCCAAGCAGUGCUGAGUAUGCGUAGUCCAGCAAACAUCAAGGAGACACAAAGGUUGGUCGGACGUUUAGCGGCACUAUCACGAUUCAUGCCGACACUAGCUGAGAAAACACAGCCCAUGCUUAAACUGAUGAUGAAGGCUUGUAAGUUCGCGUGGGACGAAGCCUGUGAGCACACAUUUGUUAAACUGAAGGAAUAUUUGUCCUCACCCCCGAUAUUGCACAAACCCGCAAAAGGUAAACCACUUUUAGUAUAUCUAGCUAUUUCUAAUAACACUGUAAGCAAUGCUAUAGUCCAGGAACACGAUGGACAGCAACAACCUGUUUACUUCAUCAGCAGAGUUUUGCACGAUGCUGAGCUGCGCUACCAAACAGUUGAGAAGGUGGCAUUGGCAUUAGUAGUUACAACCAGAAGACUACGGUCGUACUUUCAGAGCUAUGAGGUCAUAGUGCGAACCGACUACCCAAUACACAAAAUGCUGAGAAGACCCGAUCUGGCGGGCCGUAUGGUGGGAUGGUCGGUUGAAUUGUCCGAAUUUCAUAUUCGCUGCGAAGCACGGGGAGCGAUCAAAGCCCAAUGUCUGGCCGAUUUUGUUAACGAGCUGGCUGGACAGACAGAGCUGGACGAUAACACAUGGACACUUUUCGUGGACGGCUCCUCUAACACUAAAGGCGGAGGGGCUGGUAUAGUUUUGCAAGGACCGAACAAUUUUCUUCUUGAACAAUCCUUGCGAUUCGGAUUCAAACCCUCCAACAAUCAAGCGGAGUACGAAGCAUUGAUUGUUGGACUGCACUUAGCGGUAGACAUGGGCGUCGAGAACCUCACGUGCAAAUCUGAUUUGCAACUCCUAGUUGGACAUAUGGAUGGUAGCUUUCAGGUGAAAGAUCCUCUCCUCUCACGAUAUUACCAUGUUGUGAAGGGAAUGUUGGCACAAUUCAAAACUGUACGGUUGGAACACAUUAACCGCGCGCAGAACUCUAGAGCAGAUCUACUCUCUAAGUUAGCUACGACGAAGAUGAAGGGACAACAUCACACAGUAAUUCAUGCUACUCUCAGUCAACCUACUGUCACCAUGAUAGAUAGCAAUGUCACAGAGGUCUCUGAAACAGAGGACAAGGGGUGGAUGGCUCCCAUAGUUCAGUUCAUACAACACGGUGAGGACAGCGGGGCCGACGAUCCCGCAAUCAGAAGGAAGGCUUCGCGGUUCAUGCUCACAGGCGGCGAGUUAUAUAGAAGAGGCUUUUCCAACCCUCUCUUAAAAUGCGUGGCCGAAAAUCAAACGCAAUACUUGCUGUAUGAAUUGCACACAGGCAUUUGCAGUUUUCAUUCCGGUUCACGAGCCAUGACGUCCCGCAUUUUGCGAGCGGGGUAUUAUUGGCCCACCCUCAAGACAGAUUGCGACAGGUAUGUCCAACGAUGUACUCGCUGCCAGCAGCAUGGCAAUCUCUUACACGCGAAGCCAGAAGAACUUCAUGCCAUUAUAUCUCCAUGGCCAUUUGUUAUGUGGGGUAUGGACAUCUUAGGACCUUUUAGUCCUGGGAAGGGACAGGUCAAGUUUUUGCUAGUGGCAGUCGAUUAUUUUACCAAAUGGAUCGAAGCAGAACCUCUCGCUACGAUCACGGCUCAGCAGUUCGUUGAUAAGGGGCUGGCUGACUUUUACAAAGGACUCCAUAUUUGCCAUGUUACUAGUUCGGUGGAGCAUCCGCAGACAAAUGGCCAAGUAGAGGCCGGAAACAAAGUCAUAUUGAAGGAAUUGAAGAAACGACUCGGGGAUGCGAAAGGCACCUGGGCCGAUGAACUACUAGAAGUUUUGUGGGCCUAUCGCUGCACCCCUCAAUCCACGACUCAGGAAACACCAUAUAGCUUGACAUACGGGGUUGACGCGAUGAUUCCUAUUGAAAUUGGCGACACUUCACUGAGACGACAACUCUUUGACGUUAACCUUAACAACGAAAGCAUGCUCAUAAACCUGGACUUGCUCCAUGAGCUCAGGGAUCGUAGUUGCAUACGAGAAGCAACAUCCAAGGUUCGAGCUCAACGCCGCUAUAAUUCUAAAGUCAAGCAUCGAUCGUUUCAUCAAGGAGAUUUGGUUUGGCGGAUGGCUAGUAACGCACGAAAGCAUGCAAGCAAAUUCUCCCCUAACUGGGAGGGUCCAUUUCGCAUCCGUGAGGUCAUUGGCAAGGGAGCUUACCGCCUAGAAUACCUGUUUGGGACCCCUAUACCAGCAACUUGGAAUUCGUCACAUCUAAAAUUUUAUUAUAGCUUAGACUAUUCAUGUGGCACACGAUGUACUCUUUCUUACCUCGAUUUUUUUUCUCUAAGGAGGGUUUUUGUCGAGGAGGUUUUAAUGAGGCAUCCUCGUUACUAA